UCUUUCAGCCAGAAUGUCUCUGAAAGGCGCAAAGGGGGGACCGGACAGCAGGCCGUCUUCUGCUGCCAGCUCGAAAUCACAGUCUCCCUCCAAGGGGAAGGAGCAGGAGGAGGCUGGUCGGAAGGGUAAGAGGAGCCUCAGCAACAGCUCAGCAGUGGCCGCCGCCUACGUUGCCUACCUGAAUAAACUUUUUGGACAGGAGAGAGAGCUGAUGCCAGGGGAGAUUGAUGAGCUGCAAGAGGCCUUUAAGGAAUUUGACUACGACGCGGAUGGCUUCAUCCAUUACAAAGACAUCGCAGACUGCAUGAGGACCAUGGGCUACAUGCCCACAGAGAUGGAGCUCAUCGAGAUCAUUCAGCAAAUCAAGAUGAAAUGGGGCGGGCAUGUAGACUUUGACGAUUUCUGUGAGCUAAUGGGGCCCAGGAUGCUGGCGGAGACGGCUCACAUGGUCGGUCUGAAGGAGCUCCGCAGCGCCUUCAGACAGUUUGACUGCGAUGGUGACGGCAAGAUCACACUCGACGAGCUAAAGGAGGGCAUGAAGACCCUCCUUGGAGAGAAGCUGAAAAAAGGCGAACUGGAGGAGAUCCUCGGAGACAUUGACCUGAACAAAGACGGCAGCAUCGAUUUUGACGAGUUUGUUAUGAUGCUUUCCGCCCGGUGACCUCUCGACGGAAGCCGUUGGAACCGGAUCCAGGAGGCGUCCACCCAGAACUCCCGAUCCCGCCCGUGUGGCUCGACGUGUUUCGCUACCCGAUUUGUAAAAUUAGGACGUAAAAGAAGUCUCUCUAUUUUUCUAUCAUGAGCUGAGGUCGACUUAGUGCAGUGGGUAAAGGGUGAGUUAUAAAACACUUUGCUGCGACAAAAAUGCUGCGUGGUUGCCACCAUGUGGCAACAUGCUUUCCACUGGAUUUCUGAGUUUUUCCCUCGGAAUUGAUGUGAUAUUUAUUUUGCAGUUUUUUUGUUUUUUUUGCUGAAAUGACACAAGCAUAACUGUGUACAUUUGGAAUGUUCUGAUGUGGCUGCUCUGU